UGGCACAUAUACUUUGGAUGGAAAAUCACUUCAUCAAAUAGCACUUAUACUAUCAAUGGAACGACAUAAACAAAGUGAUACACUCUGCCAGAUGUGUAAAAGAAGUGGCACCCUUGUACAAUGUGAUCGAUGUCCAAGAGCGUACCACAAAGAAUGUGUGGGAUUGUCGAGCAUUCCAGAGUCCUGGUUUUGUCCAUUUUGCAAGAAAAUGUAUAAGGGAGAAAAGCCUCUAGCUCGGCAAGUUCAGAUGGUCAAAACUUCAAGUACUAAACUGAGUAGCUGUGUGCUUUGCAGGUCUACAGAUUUUUUGAAGUCAGGAUUUGGUCCGCGCACUGUUAUACUAUGUGAUCAGUGUGACAAGGAGUACCACAUUGGAUGCUUAAAAGGCAACAACAUGUGUGAUUUAAAGGAAUUGCCGAGUGGUGACUGGUUCUGCAGCAAUGAUUGUAAAAAGAUUAAUUCUGCAUUAAAAGAGUUAGAUCUUUGCGAACCAGAACCUCUUCCUGACUUGGUUUCACAUUUGAUCAAGAAAAAAUGUGAGGAGAAGGGUCUUCACAUGAAUGCAGACACUGAUUUAAGAUGGAAACUUAUCCAUGGCACAGCUUCUGCUGCUAAAAAUCCAAUUCUCUCCAGGAUAGUCUCUAUUCUUCAUGAAUCUUUUAAACCAAUCAAAGAUGAUGCAACCGGUAGAGACCUAAUUAAGGCCAUGGUUUAUGGAAGAAAAAUCGGCAGUCGUGAUUUUAAUGGGAUGCACUGUGCUGUGCUGACUGUCAAUUCAUUCGUUGUGUCGGUGGCAAUUUUUCGAGUAUUGGGCUGCCAAGUAGCUGAAAUGCCCUUGGUUGCUACAUGCACCCAGGACCAGGGGAUGGGCUACUUCCAAUCACUGUUUUGGUGCAUUCUGAGAACUCUAUCACAUCUGGGAGUAAAGCAUUUUCUGGUUCCAGCAGCAAAUGAUGCUGUAUCCUACUGGAGGAACAAGUUUGGCUUUGAGAAAAUAUCACGAGAUCAGCUCCCAGAGUGCACCAAGGAUCUGUACCUAAUGGUUUUUGAGGGCACAUCACUGCUGCACAAGCAAAUUCCAGCACCUCAGGUCUUCUCAGAAGGAAGCAGAAGAAGCUGAACUCACUCUUCUGCUUAAGUGGGAGAGGCAGUUCUCUUCUCUGCCUUUCACCUGACAAGAACUGUGGCUUUGGCACUAUGAUGGGGAUUUCCAUGGUUAGCAGGUUAUGGUACUAGCUAUAGUGGUGAUAGAUUUUGGGUGGAUGUUUCGAAAGGGACAAUUGGUGGCACAAUUGGGCUUCAAAGAGGAGUUUCCAUGUGCAAUGGAUGGAAUAAUUUGGCUUUCAAAAUGUUGGACUAAUAAGUUUUGUUUUGAGUAAAUGGUCUAUUUUUGACUGUCUUGUUUCUGUUAUGGGAGUUUGGGUAUC